AUGGCCAUGUUCGCCAUCUCACAACAACACCCUUAUGCCUACGCCGCAGUCCCGGCACCGGCUCCUCCUCCUCCUCGACACUGCUCAAACCACGGCACCAGCAGCGCCUUUAGCAGCUCUGCCCACCCUGACGAGGACUGGACCAAGAUCUCAGAUCUUGCCGAGCGCAGGAGAAUACAGAACCGCAUUGCUCAGCGCAACUACCGCAAGAAGCUUAAGCGCCGCCUGGAGGAUCUUGAGCGCCGCGCUGGAUCCGAAGAGGGCGAUGCUGAGAAGCAGCCCUCGCCAGUCAGCCAGCCUGCCACCAGCCCCAACAAGGUCGCCAAGCGUCAAUCCAUCUCCAAGGCCCACAAAGUGCACCAGGCACCAGCUCCUGUCCGCCUCCCGACGCCUCCCAAGACCAUUGUUUCUCAGGGCCAAUUCACUCCUCCCAUGGAGUCUCACGACGAGCUGUCUUUUGUGCACCCCAGCUAUCACCACCACGACGAGCGCGAGCGCUCCAACACGCCGCCUGUUCUCUCAUACACCACAUACCCAGCUCCCGACGAGCUGCUCAUGAACCCUUAUGGAUCCGCUCACGCCUAUCCUGCCAUGACCACUGCUGAGGUCUACCCCAACUACCUCAGUGCUGCCAUGCCCGCCUCGCUGCCUCCUCUGGGCCACUACAGCGAGCCCAUCAAGCGAGACAUGUACCCCGACAACGUCAUCAGCCCAUACAUUGGCUAUGGCUUCAUGCCGACUCACGAUAUGGGCAUGUCCACUCCCUACGACCCUUCCAACCCUCUGACUCCUCCUCUGACGCAUUCAUACGACCACUCGGCUGCCUGCUCUGAGACGGGCUUCGAGUACCCUACCACCCCGCUGUCCAUGCCUGGCUCUCCAGCCUUGAUGCAGCACCAGCACUAA